AUGGCAAACGGUCAGUCGGCGGAAAACCUGGCGCCACUGGAGCUCCUUGCCAACGAUAUUAGUGGUGCCGCAAAGAUCAUAGAAGGUUACUGCGUGCUAGAGCACGAAGCUCAUCCCACCGGCGACGCAACAGCACCAGCCGUCACCAUCCCAAGUUCCGCACCACGGUACGUUCGUGAAGCGCGACAACGUCUGCUGUCUGCGGCCAAGGCAAUCCAACAAAUAGCCGCCGAGCCUACCGAGUACCUUCCAACGCUGGCAGUGCAGUACCAGUAUCUUGCUUGCGUGAAAUGGCUCGCACACUUUCAGGUCUUCGCUGCGAUCCCGCUUCAGGGCUCAGUGCCGUACGACCGCCUUGCCAGCAUUGUUACUACUCCCGAGCGUCAGCUUCGUAGCAUCCUGCGAAUGGCCAUUACAAGUGGUUGUUUCUGCGAGCCGGUGCUCGGAGAGGUCGCUCAUAAUGCUGUAUCCCGAAAAUUCGUCGACCAGCCUGGCUACCUUGGCUGGAUCAAGUUCAUGGACGAGUAUUACAUGCCCCUAGCUUCGAACAUGGCCCAAACGACUGAGCGAUAUGGAGAUUCGCAAAAACCCAAUGAGACGGCGACGAACGUAGCCUUUUCGACGCCGUUGACAACAUUUGACUUCAUCACGCGCUCUCCGGAUCUUUCAAAGAUCUUCUCAGCGUACAUGAAAAGCGUGGCCGAGAGCGAAGGCACCACUUUACGCCAUUUGAUUGCCGACUUUGACUGGGCAAAGCUCGGGGAAGCAUUGGUGGUCCAUGUUGCUGGCGCCCCAGGCAGCGUCAGCGUUGCACUUGCUGAAGCAUAUCCCAAGCUUCGCUUCCUAGUACAGGAUUCGGCGGAGCAGAUUGAACACAGCCGGGCAUUCCUGCGAGCACAAACAGGAGCCAUCCGCAGCCGCAUAGAAUUGGCUGUGCACACUGUGUUUAAAAUGCAGCCUGUGACUAACGCCAGUGUCUAUCUACUACGCAUGAGCUUGCACACGAGGCCUGCGGCUGAGGUCAAGCGAGUGCUUGCCUGUCUGCUGCCAGCGGUGAAAGCGAACGCGAAUGCGCGCAUCCUCGUCGUCGAGACUGUGAUCCCAUUACCCGGCAGCUGUGGCAUUCUUGAUGAAGCGUUAGAGAGGUAUCGCGACCUCGUCAUGAAGCAAUGCUUCAACACAAUCGAGCGCGAGCUCCCAGAAUGGCACGCCAUGCUUGGUUCGAUCGCCGAUGCGGAAGGUCACUUGGAGAUUGUUAACGUAGAAAAGUCGCCAGGAAGCGCAUUAUCCAGCUUGGAGGUGAAGUAUCAGCGCCAUCAUACCAAUGGAGUUCUAGCCAACACGGUCAACGGCGGAAACGGGAGGUCCUAAGAUUUCGGCAAGCGAUAAUCUGAAGAGCAAGCGGCAGUGGCCCGCAUUACCACUGUACAUCUUGUCUUUCUCUGUUCUAUUGAAGCUUGCGACAGUGCGUGAGCUCGUCAAUGACCUCGAAAGUGGUGAGAAGGAUUCGGCUCCCCGUUAUGCAGGCCCGUUUCUGCCGAUGCAUGAGGUAAGGUCGUGAUUGCGAGCUUGCCGUCCCUUAGCGGCAUGCCCGACCAGGAUUCACUGAGUGGCCAAUGAAAGAACUGCGAUAAUGCUUGUGCAAGCGGGAUCUAUCAAUGGCAAAGGGCGACGGCGCGACCCGGAAGGCUUCAGACCGUAGCUUACCUGACAGUACAGUCAGAAUCUUUUGGUCGCACGACGUCCGGCUGACGCUUACACAAAGAACA